AGUCCAAACACAUUAAGGAUAUGGUCCGUUCUGGAUCACGAGUUUGCAUGGAUUUGUUCUUCGUGAGCCUUUGCGGUUGGUUCUGAAGCCCAAAAAACAUGUCCUAAUAAUCAAAAUGACGCAGCGGGCACACUAGGCCCACACAAGGAUAAUGUCCUAUUUGGCCCAAUAUAUGACCCGACUUCUCGACGAGUACCCAAUAUAUGGUCUCAAACACAUCAAGGGUAUUAUCCGCAUUGGCCACGAAUCCACACGUAUGUGUUCUUCGUGAGUCGUUGCCAUUGGUUCUUAGGUCAAAAAACACAUCCUAGGAAAUUAGAGUGGCGCAGUAGACGCACUAGGCCCACACAAGGACGUUGUCCUCUUUGGUCCAACAUAUAGCUCAACUUCUCAACGAGUGCCCAAUAUGUGGCGGUCUCAAGACUUUAUUUACAUGCAUUCUUGUGUGAGAAAUGCUAAGACUUUGCUUAUAUACCAUUCGAUUUUAAUUGGAUCAUGUCAAUCCAAUGUGAAAUAUUAACCUUGAUAGUAGUGUUUCUACUUUGUGCACAUAGUUUUGUUUGGGGGUAAAAUAGUAAUUUUGAAAAUUCAAGAGCACUUAGAAAACAAAGAUUCGCGGGAAUGACGGUUGGAAAGGACAAAACCUCUAUCACCCAUUUCACAAAUCCACCAACUAACUUUUGAAUAGAACACCUUGAAAGCCUCCUGUCCAGGCCUCUUUUGUCACCUCCAAAACAAUUAAAACUGAAAUCCUAAAAAAAAUUAAGAUGAAGGAGAGGAAGAGAAGGAACAAAAGAAAAAACUCCCACGUCUUUAGAUCUCUCUGCCUUAGCUUCUUUCUAAUGCAGAGAGAUAGACCUCUGCCUCAAACCUCCACCAUUUAAUCAAAAAUGGUAUUCCAAGAUUUUGACCUUUUAUCGGAACGCCGGAGAGCCGAGAGGCAACAGAAAUUCCGAAAAAGGGUUGCCAUUGCCGUUGUUUCAUCACUAGUCCUUCUCCUUCUUGUCGCUGCUGGUGUUUUCGCUAUUGUCUAUAACAAUAAAUCAAACCAUAGCUCGGAAAAGGCGGCACCUCAAGCUCAAGCUCAAAAACAACCACCUACCAAAGAAAUAUCGCAUGUUGAGAAGGUAAUUAAGGCAGUGUGCAAUGGCACUAGUUAUAAGGAUAUAUGUCAUAGUACCCUUGAAAAGGCCGCUACCAAGAACCCAUCUUUGGCUCAACCUAAAGAGAUUCUCAAAUCCAUAAUCGCGGCCACUGAUGAUGAGGUCGAGAACGCGUUUAGUAAGGCCUCCGCGUUUAAAUUCGAUAAGCCCGAAGAAAAAGCAGCUUUUGAAGAUUGUAAGAAACUGAUUGAUGAUGCUAACGAAGAACUCAAGAGCUCAUUGGCACAUGCUGAUGGUGAUAUAAAGAAGCUAAACACGAAAGCACCCGACUUGAAGAAUUGGCUCAGCGCAGUGAUGUCGUAUCAGCAGACUUGCAUUGAUGGUUUCCCUGAAGGCAAAAUGAAGUCUGAUAUGCAGCAGGCCUUCAAUGCUACUAAGAAGCUCACUAGCAAUUCCCUUGCUAUGGUUACGGAAUUUUCUUCCGUACUUUCAUCGUUCCUUGAAGGAACAACGCGUCAUCUUUUGGAAGACGAAUCAAGCACACCCUCCAUUGCAGUUGAUGGUCUCCCGAAGUGGAUGAGUAACGAGGAUCGUAGGGUAUUGAAAGGCGCGGACACUGAAAAGCCUACGCCAAAUGUGACCGUGGCGAAAGAUGGUAGUGGAAAUUUCCCAACUAUUUCUGCAGCAUUGGCAGCUAUGCCAGCAAAAUAUACAGGACGAUAUGUCAUCUAUGUUAAACAAGGAGUCUAUGAUGAAACCGUUACAGUGGACAAGAAGAAGGAAAAUGUUACCAUGUAUGGCGAUGGAUCACAAAAGACAAUCGUCACCGGAAGCAAGAAUUUUGUAGAUGGAGUUAGGACAUUCCAAACUGCAACUUUUGUGGCUCUAGGAGAAGGGUUUUUGGCCAAAGCAAUGGGAUUUAGGAACACUGCUGGUCCAGAGAAGCACCAAGCAGUCGCGGUAAGAGUCCAAGCAGAUCGCUCGAUUUUCCUCAACUGUCGCUUUGAGGGCUACCAAGACACCUUAUACGUGCAAACUCAUCGACAAUUCUACCGAAGCUGUGUCAUUUCAGGCACGGUUGAUUUCAUAUUUGGUGACGCUGCUGCUAUCUUCCAGAACUGCUUGAUUAUUGUCAGGAAGCCCUUGGAAAACCAGAAAAACAUCGUUACAGCGCAAGGAAGGAUCGACAAAUUUGAAAGCACAGGAAUUGUGCUUCAGAACUGUAAAAUCCAACCUGAUGACGCACUUGUACCUGCCAAGACAACUAUUAAGAGUUACCUUGGAAGGCCAUGGAAGGAGUAUUCAAGAACAAUCAUAAUGGAAUCGACAAUCGAUGAUUUGAUCCAUCCCGAUGGAUUCUUACCAUGGGAAGGUGAUUUCGCGCUAAAAACACUCUAUUAUGCAGAAUUUAACAAUAAAGGACUAGGCGCGAAGACCACUGCCAGAGUAAAGUGGCCUGGUUACAAGGUCAUUGAUAAGCAAGAAGCCUUGAAGUAUACAGUAGGAACUUUCUUGCAAGGGGACUGGAUCAGCGCAACCGGCUCUCCGGUUAAAGUUGGUCUGUUUACUUAAUUCAGUUGCUUUUUGCACCAGUUUGUUAACCUGAAGGAACAGAAUUUACACCAUGUUUGCAAGAUUUCAUAUUUACAAUGUCGUUGUUAUUGC